UCACCCCUUGCCUCCUUAUCUCAUGGGGUAACAGAAAAACCUCAGAUUGUCGCUUCCUGUCACCGCAAUGUUGCUGAGACUGGGAGCGCUGACACCGCUUCUCCGCCCGUCUCUCUUCUCUCCGAAACCUAUCCUCCUUUCUCCUUUAAUAACCCCCAAACCCUUCUUUUCUCUCUCCUCCUUCUCUACGGCACCUUUUCAAUCGUCUUUGGUAUCUCAUUCUUUCAAUCCAAAACCAACAACCCUCUUCGAAAGUGGCAAGAAUGCCAUCUCUGUUGACCCUUAUUAUUUAUCCUGCUGUAUGGCUGACAAAGAUAAGCCUCUGAGAGUUGCUGUCCUCCUCAGCGGCGGCGUUGACAGUAGCGUUGCCCUUCGGCUUUUGCAUGCUGCUGGGCACCACUGCACUGCUUUCUACCUCAAAAUUUGGUUCCAAGAAGAUUUUAACAACUUUUGGUCAGAAUGUCCAUGGGAAGAGGAUUUGAAGUUUGCAAAAGGUGUCUGUGAUCAGGUUGGUGUCCCAUUAGAAGUUGUCCAUUUGACUGACGAAUAUUGGAGUAAUGUGGUGUCAUAUAUUAUUGAAGAGUAUCGAUGUGGCCGCACUCCCAAUCCUGAUGUUCUUUGCAAUACAAGAAUUAAGUUUGGUGCAUUCAUUGAUGCCAUCAACAACAUGGAAUUUGAUUAUGUUGCUUCAGGGCAUUAUGCCCGUGUCAUUCAUCCAGUUUCAAAUCAAAUAAAUAAGCCAUCUGUUUUAGAACUCUCAAAGGACAAGCUCAAGGAUCAAACGUAUUUUCUCUCACAUUUGGCACAAGCUCAGCUUAAACGUCUUAUUUUUCCACUUGGGUGUAUUCCAAAGGAAGAAGUUCGCAAUCUUGCCUCAAAAUUUGAUUUGCCUAACAAAGACAGAAAGGAUUCACAAGGAAUAUGCUUCCUUGGAAAGAUAAAAUUUAGCGAAUUUGUUGUGAGACAUAUUGGAGAGAGUGAAGGUGUGAUUUUGGAAGCUGAGACAGGAGAUUUCCUUGGCAUUCAUCGGGGAUUUUGGUUCUACACAAUUGGUCAACGUCAAGGCUUACGCCUUCCUGGGGGACCCUGGUAUGUUGUUGAGAAGGAUGUUAAAAAUAAUGUAGUGUUUGUGUCAAGAAAUUAUUUCUCAUUAGACAAAAGAAGGCUCUCAUUCCGUGUUGGCUCCUUGAAAUGGCUUAGCGGGUCUCCACCUGAUAUGACCAGUCAGUUUCAGUGUAAGGUCAGACAUGGCCCCACAUUUUAUGAUUGCAGUGUAAAGAUAGAACUUGGUGAAGAUAGUCCUGAAGAGGUUGUGGUUGUCCACUUGUGUGAAGAUGAUCAAGGUCUAGCAGCAGGGCAGUUUACAGCUUUCUACCAGGGAAGAACUUGCAUAGGUUCUGGUGUGAUUUUGGAGUCCUGGGAUGAUAAAGGUUUUCCUGUAUGUCAGAAGGCUCUUGAAUUAGCUAGACUAGAAGAUAAAUCAAAGCUUGGGAAACCAGUUAAGAUAAAGGUAAAACCAGAGACUUCCGACCAGGAAUCUGUUCAGAAGGAUGGCAUAGGACCUGAUAAAGGAUUGGCUGAACCACGGGUUGCCAUCACAAGUUAAAACAAGUCGGAUAUAUUUCAAUGAGAAGCAAUAUCUGGAUUCCCAGCAAGUUGGUUGCAAAAAAUUGAAGCAGAGCUGGUUGCAGAUAUUACAGUCUUCAAAUCGUGAGGAAUGGUUCGUGCAUGGAAGUGUAGGUUUUAGCACAUUGGUCUCCCAUUCAACCCUCUGGAUCAUAGGGCAUGCUGUAGUUACCUAGAGACUAGAGCCAACCGGCAUUUAUAACCGGUUGGGCUGUGUAUAAUUAGAAGAACAUUCCUUGAUGAUAUACCUGUGGUUUCAUGAAAAUAAUCGGCUUAAAAAGUAUACAAAUGUUGGAGGUCAAAUUCUUGC